AUGUCAUUAUUUUCAGAAGAUGACACAAAGGUUAUGCAGUUUACACCUUUCACCUUUGAGCCUCCACCGAUAGACUAUUCACAGUUCGAAGGUGUAAGUUCAUUUCCUUCUUCAACACAAUUCUACGAGGAGUCCGCAAAUGCUGAAACUUUCUUAAAGGAAGACGUGUUCGAUAAGGGAAAGGGAAGGCAAGCUGAAGCAUAUGAACCUAAUAUAAAGGCUCAGAAACAAAUUAUAUACCUUAACCCACCUCUUGUUUACGAUCUGGACUAUUGGUCUAAUUCGAAUCAAAGUACUGGUGUUAAGUUCCAUCCAACUCGUUCAGAAGAUUUUACGUGUUAUGUUUUUGGAAAAGAGCCAAAUGAAAAAGUUAAGAAAGAGGAUUACACUUUGGAUACUCGCGUUUACAACUGUUCUUUGGCAAAUAAUAUAGACUCUCGAAGAUUUUACAAUGAAACGUUUUCUAUUUUUCGAGAGGCAUCUAGGGCAACAUCAAGUAAAGAAUGGCGCGAAAAAUCAUCACGGGUAAAAUUAUUAUGUGAUAUUUCAUGGAGUUAUGUAAACGCCAUUGUAAAACACAUCAAUAGUCUUCAAGAGAGAGAGCUCAACACGUUUAGGGAUAUGAUGUCCAUUUGGGAAUUAUGUCGAAUUAUGUAUUUCAUUAAAUCUGAAAGAUAUCAGAGAUUAUCAACGGAUUUAGUGACUUGGUUAAAUGAAUGUUAUCCUCUGGGAGCUUUAACAGAAGAGGAAUUGAAUGAAUUAAGAGAAAGUCCUAAUCUGCGCAACACCGUUGUUUUCUGGUCAAGAUUAUACAAAUUAAUCCUUCGAGGAUUAUUUCCGCAAGCGAUAAAUUUUCUAAGAAGUAUACUUAUUCCGGUAGAAAGUGAUAAAUUCAUUAAUAGAGAGAUCGUGAUCAACGAUAUCAUACAAUCGGUUAUAAAAUGUAUAAAGGCUAGACCAAAAAUUUCUUCACAUGAUACAGACUUGGCCUGGAGAAAUUGGCUCUCUCAGUGUUCGCAACUGCAAAAAUCGAUAAUCCUGGAGAAUAAAUUUUUAGAGGAGAGCUUUGUUAAGAUUUUGAAAAUAUUAGCUGGUGAUCCUGAUGCAAUUUUAAGCAAGAGCUCUUCAUGGUUGGAAGGAUUGAUCGCUCUGAUUUAUCAUAAAUAUCCUAGAUGUGCCUCCUCAGAUAUAAAAGCUAUAUUAGGGCCAAUUUUCGUAAGGUUCUCCGUAUAUCCUGAUGCCACUAGCCAAGUCCUAAAACGGAUAUUUUAUCAACGUAUUGAUGAUGCAUUAGGUUAUUGCAAAUAUAUCGAUCCUUGGUUAUUAUCGCAUUUAAUGGAUUUACUUUACAAAGUCGAUUUAGAUGAGAAAAUAGGUGAAAAGAGCUUCCGUGAACGAUGCCUAAUUAACUUUGCAGAACCAUUAUUAACACAUUCUACGUUAUGGCAGAUCGGAUUCAAAUAUCUGGAACAUUGCGAGAUAUAUGGGAAAGUCUAUAUAGAAGAAUUUAUUGGAAAGAUUCCUUUUGAUAACGAGAGAAAAUUUGAAAAAAUAUUGAAAAUUUGUGAAGAUAAUGGAUUAAUAUUUGAUGAGAAGUGUAUUACCACGACUAUGGGAACUAAAUACAUGCAGAUAAAGAGAUAUGGUUCAACCAUGAUUUAUUAUAUGCGAGCAGGAAAAGAUGAAAAUCUUAAAACAAUAUGCAACAUGUUUCUAACACAAUAUGUUGAAACCGGUAAAAUUACGUUUGAAGAAGUCAUAGAUAGUAUUCCCGUUGAUAAGGAUUCUAAUGAAUCCGUUAAUUUUUUGUCAAGAUACAGAUUGUAUCAUUCUUUAAUCCAGGACGAAUUUUUUCAUCAAGCGGCACAAGUAUUAGUCGAGUGUUUACGCUCCGAAAUAUCGCCAAAAGAAUUUUGGGGUGUAUUAUUAUUUCACACGGUGCCAUUAAUGAAGCUAGGACGAAGAAAAGAUAUCAAAUUAUUCGAGAAGAUACACAUUGACGAAUUCGAACAUUAUUGUACUCAAGUACUUGAUAGAAAAAUUGAGGAUUCUUGGAUAAAGUUGGUGCAGAGGAUGAAAAGGUGGCAUUACAAAGAGUGUGGCUAUUUUAACAUUUCAGAAGAUUUGAAGCCAGUGAAGAUUGAGAUUGAAAGAUAUAAGAAAUUUCUGAGCAAGUUGAAGAGAUAA